AUGAUCAAUAUUGUUUUCUUUGGUUUGAAAAUCAUUUCAUUUUAAUUGAUUUUGUCACAAAUCAAAACAUCACAAAUCAAAUAUCAACCAAACAAAACGAAACGAAAAUGACCGUAAAACAUUGUCUAAGUGGAUAUGAAAUUCAUAUGAAAAAACUUGGUGAAGGUGGAUUUGGUGUCGUACGAUUAGGCAUCCAUCAACUAACCGGACAAAAAGUUGCCAUAAAAAUUGUUGAUAAACGAAAAUUAACAAAAGAUUUACAUCGAAUUAAGAAUGAAGUUUCAGCAAUGAAAAAUCUUUGCCAUCCAAAUAUUGUACAAUUAUUACAAUAUGAAGAAAAUGAUCAAUAUAUUUAUUUGAUUAUGGAAUAUUGUUCGGGUGGUGAAUUAUUUGAUCAUCUAUUAUCGAAACAUCGUUUACAUGAAACCGAAUGUAAACGUAUAUUUAUAUCAUUAAUAAAUAUUUUGAAUUAUAUUCAUUCAAAAGGUAUUGCACAUCGUGAUAUUAAACCAGAAAAUAUCCUAUUCGAUGAUCAAAUGAAUAUAAAACUUAUUGAUUUUGGUCUUUGUGCUUGUCGUGAUACAAAUCCAUUUGGUUCGCUUGAUUGUCUAGCAACUGCAUGUGGUUCACCUGCAUAUGUUGCACCAGAAUUACUGAAAGGUUCGAGCUAUUCUGGUCCACCAGUUGAUGUAUGGAGUACAGGUGUACUACUUUAUGUUCUGUUUACCGGUCAAUUACCAUUUGAUUCAGAAAAUUUAGCAAAAUUAUAUAAUACAAUUAAAGAAGGAAAUUACGUAAUACCAGCACAUCUGAAUUCAGAUGUUAAAGAUUUAUUAAAACGUAUGCUUUGUGUGGAUCCAAAAAAACGUAUUACCGUUGAUGAAAUAAUGAAACAUAAAUGGCUAGCAAAUGAUAAAUUAGCUAGGAAAUUUUUCAAUCUACAUCAUUCAAAUCAAAUUGAUCAAAAUGAUGAAUUUAUUGAUGAAAAAAUUCUACUAAAAUGUUCAGUAAAAUUUCCCUCAUUAGAUAUUAAUAAUUUACGUAAAAUGAUUAAUGAAAAUCUUGAUUAUCAUCGUUCAACUUAUCUGUUGAUCAGGCAAAAACCUGAAUUAUAUCCGGACUUUGAUCGAUCUUUGUAUGAAAAAUCAAACCGUCGUCGUAGUCGUUCAUUCAAUAACAUUGAUAAUCAAUAUCAUCAGAUGUUGCCGGAAUUGAAAAAAAUUGCCAAUGCCGUUACUGCUGCUACUGCUGCUGCUGUGGAUGAUAAUAAUCGUAGUGAACGACCAAUUUCAACACCUAAAAAAACGAUAAAUUCUUUGAAAAAAUCACAGCCACAACAGCCGCAACCUGUACCUGCAACUGAAAAUGUUCAAAGAUUUGGUGGUUUACGAACAACAGCAACACCAACAGCAACUGUACGUCGUACACCCGUUAAUCGAAAUCUUUUCAAUCAAGAUGGUGGUUUGGUUAUUAAAAAAACAUCGGCUAAACCUUUGGAUCUAAAGGAAUCAAGCAUUCGCAACACCGUAACACCGGUAAAAAUAAUAAAAAUAUCCGCAACAGAAAAGCAAAAAUCAAAAAACGAUAAUAAUAAUAAUAACAAAGAGAAUACGACGCCGCAAAAAACUACCGCAAUAGCUGCAACACCGAAAAAAACUUUAAUCAAAUGGUUAAAAGAAAUUGCAAGUCCACGACCAACAAAUCUACCGAAACGAAUAUCAUCAGCAAAUGUUCGUUCAUUGAAAAAUAUUUUCAUAACUGGAUUUUUUGAUCCAGAUAAAUGUCGUAAUCGUAUGCUGCAAUUAUUUAAUGAUCGUCAGAUUAAUUGUCAGGAAAAAAACUAUACAAUACGUUGUGUAAUGUCAGCCAGAAAUAUAAUAUUGGUUGCCUGCGAAUUGGAAAUAUUUAUCUGUUUUGAUGAUAAUCAACGUAUUGUUAUACAACAUAAACGUAUACGUGGUGCAUCAUGGGAUUAUUUUAAAUUAAUGACCGAUUUACAAUUACAAUUAAAUCAAUGAAUUGAUUUGAUUAUUGAUUAUCAAUUAUCGAUUGAAAAACAAUUUUAAAUUAUUGUUAUCGUCACCAACAUUCUUGUAUUUGUAACUAAUUUAUGUAACUAU